UAUUUAAAGCCAUAACCAUCUAUCACUAUCGUUGCAAAUUCAAAAAAGAGGUAUAAAGUACACAAACACAGAAUACAAACAACACUUCAAUUCACAUUUCACAAUCAAACACAUAGCAUCAUCAUCAUCAUCAUCAUCAUUAUCAUGCAUCAACUUGAAGAACUACUCAUCAUCUUUCUCCCAUUCCUCAUCGGUUUAAUCCUAACAUUCAAAACCUUCAUCUCAUUCACCACAUGGAUCUUCAACACGUGUCUCCGAUCUGAAAAACACUUCAUCAAAUCCUACGGUUCAUGGGCGUUAAUCACCGGAUCAACCGACGGAAUCGGAAAAGCCUUAUCCUAUCAACUAGCAGAAAGAAAUCUCAACCUAAUUCUCGUAAGCAGAAAUUCAAAAAAACUCGAAACAGUUAAAAACGAAAUCAGUACCAAAAAUCCUCACAUUCAAAUCAAAACCGUUACGAUCGAUUUUUCCGGCGACUUCACCGACGGUGUUCGAGAAAUAGAAAUUUUGGCCCGAGAUUUAGAUCUUGGAAUUUUGAUCAAUAACGUUGGGAUUUCAUAUCCGAAGGCUAUGUUUUUUCAUGAGGUGAAAGAGGAAACGUGGAUGAAGAUUGUUAGAGUGAAUAUUGAGAGUACGACGAGAAUAACGAAAGCGGUUAUCGGUGGAAUGAUGGAAAGGAAGAAGGGUAGUAUCGUAAAUAUUGGAUCUGGUGCUGCGGCGGUUGUGCCUUCGCAUCCUCUGUUCACAAUCUAUGCUGCAACUAAAGCUUAUGUAGAUCAGUUUUCAAGAUCUUUACAUGUGGAGUAUAAACAAUAUGGAAUCCACGUGCAAUGUCAGGUACCACUAUAUGUUGCGACGAACAUGGUAUCAAGGGUAGCAUCUAUUGGGAAAGAUUCUUUUUUCAUACCAACACCUGAAGGUUAUGCAAAAGCUGCUAUUCGUAAAAUUGGAUAUGAACAAAGAUGCACACCUUAUUGGGCUCACUCAAUUCAGUGGGCCUUUGCAUGCUUAAUCCCUAACCCACUUCUUGAUUAUUGGCGCAUGUCUAUUGGCUUGCGACGACGUAGGAAUCACAUGGAUUAGAGUCUAUAUGAAUUAGUCUUGUAAGUUUAGUUUCGUUGGUAAAGAUAUUGCAUUAUUUAUGUAGGGGCCUCAGGUUCGAAUCCUGGUCAUCCCAUUUAUCCAUCUUACAGGUGAAAUUUCUAGCUAUUAGCUUACUAUGACAAAAAAAAGUCUAUAUGAAUUAAUUAGGACGAUCAUCACAGUUAAUAUGAAUCUUUUAUUAUGAAUUUGAGUUUCACUUGUAUGAAUUGUGGGUAUGUAUAUGUAAACUAUAGUGUGAUAUAAGGAAGUGUCCAAUAUAUGUUAUUAUUGCAGUUGGCAA